AUGAACAAUCUAAGCAUUCAGGAUGAGCCCGCUGUCUCACCUGUCUCCGAGCCCCGCAAGCAAAAGAAGAAGAAGGUCCUCUUGAUGGGCAAAUCGGGAUCGGGCAAAAGCUCCAUGCGAAGCAUCAUCUUCAGCAACUAUGUUGCGAAGGACACCCGGCGAUUGGGAGCUACGAUUGAUGUUGACCUCAGCCAUGUCAAGUUCCUCGGCAAUCUGACUCUGAAUCUCUGGGACUGCGGAGGUCAAGAUGCCUUUAUGGAGAAUUACCUCUCUCAGCAACGCCAGCACGUCUUCUCCAACGUCGGUGUCCUCAUCUACGUCUUCGAUAUCGAAUCCCGAGACUUUGACCGCGAUCUUCUCACCUACCGCUCUAUCAUCGGUGCCCUUAGCCAAUUCUCGCCAACCGCAGGCGUCUACAUCCUUGUUCAUAAGAUGGAUCUCGUCGUGCCGAAUCAGCGUGAGGAAAUCUAUAAUGAUCGCGUCUCCCUCAUCCAAUCCAAGUCCGAUUCCUUCAACCCCAUUCCGUUUGCUACUUCCAUCUGGGACCAAUCUCUAUACAAGGCUUGGGCGGAGAUCAUUCACGAUCUGGUUCCGAACCUGCAUCAGAUCGAGAAGCAUCUAGGCUCGUUGGGCAAGAUUAUAAUGGCAGAGGAGGUUCUGCUGUUCGAACGAUCGUCCUUCCUGGUUGUUUCUAGCUGGUGCUCGGAGGUUGGUGCUAUGAACCCCACUACCGACCGCUUUGAACGUCUCAGCAACAUCAUCAAAAACUUCAAGCAGAGUACCAGUCGCUACACCGGUACUCCGAAGUCAGCCGAGCAGUUCUCCCUCUUCGAACUUAAACUCAACGUCUUUUCCAUGUUUGUCGUCAAGUUCACCACCAAUACAUACUUGGCAGUGGUCCUUCCCCCUGGUGAGGAGAGAUUCAAUUGUGCGAUGGAGAACUGCUUCAUUGCUCGCGAGCAGUUUGAGGAAUUGGAUUCGCCGGCUAGGAAGGGUGCGGAUCGGGGAGCUACAGCUGAGGCUGCUGCAUAG